UUAUCUCUUCAAAAGAUGAGUAAAAACUUCUUCUUCUUCUUCAAUUUCAACUUCCUCUUCUUCUUCUUCUUCUUCUUCCCCUCUCAUCUAUGGCUCGGCUGUCUCUCUGCUGUCAACAUCACUCAUCUUCCAGGCUUCCACGGCGAGCUUCCCUUCCAUUUGGAGACUGGGUAUGUGUCUGUAGAUGACGAGAGCGGAGCGGAGCUCUUCUAUUACUUUGUGGAGUCAGAGAGAAAACCAGAAGAGGACCCUCUUAUCCUUUGGCUAACGGGCGGGCCGGGCUGCUCGGGUUUUGCCGGCUUGGCUUUGCAUAUGGGGCCUCUUAAUUUUAAGACUGAUAAUUUUGAUGGAAACACUCCUACCCUAGUCAUCAAUCCUUAUGCUUGGACCAAGAUUGCCAGUAUGAUCUUCUUGGAUUGGCCUGUCGGCACUGGAUUCUCUUACUCAACAACUGAUAAAGACUAUAUCACAGAGGAUAUUCAAACUAAAAGGAAUAUCUACAAAUUUCUCAGAAAGUGGCUUCUUGAUCAUCCCAAUUUCGUGUCAAAUCCUUUCUACAUGGGUGGUGAAUCUUAUGGUGGGAAGAUGGCUACUCUCCUUUCUCAUGAGAUUGUCGAAGGAAACGAGCAAGGUCAAAAUCCGCUAAUCAAUAUUAAGGGUUAUAUAAUUGGAAACGCUGUAACAGGCGAAAAAACAGAUAAGAAUUCCCAAGUCCCGCAUGCUUACGGAUUAGGAGUUAUUUCUGAGCAACUCUAUAAGCUUAUUCAAACGAAUUGCGAAGGUGAAGAUUACCUGAAACCUCAGGGUGCCCUUUGUAAAACUCACCUUCAAGUCUUUGAGGAGUUUCUUUCAGAAAUUAAUGUGUUCGGUAUAUUGGAACCCUUAUGUUCUGAUGAACCUCAAAAAGAGAUUUUAGGCCUUCGCAGGUCACUCGAGGAAAACUCAGCAGAUUUCCUCAACCAACCUUCACCUGAUAUUAAUUGCAUAACUCCAGAUCUUCUUGCUAAUUAUUGGGCAAACAAUGAACUUGCAAGAAAUGUCCUACAAGUUGAGGAGGGAACUGUGGGAAGAUGGCAUCGAUGCAAUUUCAAUAUUGCUAUAUAUAAUUACACUCGCAGCAUUCCCAGCUCAGUGCCAUAUCACAAAAAUCUAGCAAAAAGAGGCUACAGAGCUCUAGUGUACAGUGGAGAUCAUGAUCUUCAAAUCCCAUUUGUUGGUACAUUGGAGUGGAUAAAAUCACUUGGCUUCGCAGUAGUUGAUCCAUGGAGAUCAUGGCAUGCAGGCGGCCAAGUAGCAGGGUAUACGAUUUCGUUGGCUAAUAAUUUGACUUUUGCUACUGUCAAGGGUGGAAAUCAUUUGGCACCAGUACAUAGACCAAUGCAAACCUUUGUUAUGUUUGAGAGGUGGAUUUCUCAACAAGUUCUAUAAAGCAAAUGGAUUUCAAAGCUGAAAUGAACUAUGUAUAAUUUAAGUGUAUAUUUGUAUUGAUUCUUUUUUUUUUUUCAUCUAUAAAUAUGUAAGCUUCAACAGUGCAUAUAGCUUAUGGGUUCCUUUGAUUCUGCUAUAGCCAACUAAGUUCAAUCCGGGUUAUGCAUGACCUGAUUCCAACCUGUUUAGGUGAUUAAAGGGUAAUAUUCAAUUGCACUUCAAGUUUGAUGCAUGAUAAGAAGAUAUAUGUAAACUGACAUGUUUAAUCUGCUA